ACAACAGUAAGACAGAUCGAUCGAGCAGGGAAGAGGAAGAAAAUGGCCGGCGGCGAGGGGGCCGCGGCGGUGAUGUGCACGCCGGCGUUCGUGGGGCGGGUGCUGCGCAGCCGGUGGUACGUGGUGUUCGCGUCCAUGGUGGUGAUGGCGGCGUCGGGGUCCACCUACAUCUUCGCGCUCUACUCCAAGGAGCUGCGGUCUGUGCUGGGGUACAACCAGCAGACGCUCAACACGCUCGGCUUCUUCAAGGACCUCGGCACCAACGUCGGCGUCGUCUCCGGCCUGGUGCAGCAGGUGGCGCCCACGUGGGCCGUGCUCCUCAUCGGCGCCGGCAUGAAUCUGGCGGGCUACCUCAUGGUCUACCUCGCGCUCACGGAGCGUACGGCGGCGCCGCCCGUGUGGCUCAUGUGCAUCUACAUGUGCGUCGGCGCCAACGCGCUCACCUUCUCCAACACCGGCGCGCUCGUCGCCUGCGUCAAGAACUUCCCCGAGAGCCGCGGCAUCGUCAUCGGCCUGCUCAAGGGCUUCGUCGGCCUCAGCGGCGCCAUCUACACGCAGCUCUACCUCGCCAUCUACGGCGACGACGCCAAGUCCCUCGUCCUCCUCAUCGCAUGGCUCCCCGCCGCCGUCUACAUCUUCUUCGUCCACACCAUCCGCGUCCUGCCCUACCGCCGCCGCGCCGAGGGCGACGAGCCCAACAGCAAGCCCUUCUUCUGCUUCCUCUACAUCUCCAUCGCGCUCGCCACCUACCUCCUCGUCAUGAUCGUGGUGCAGAAGCAGGUGCCCAGCUUCUCCCACGCCGCCUACGCCGUCGGCGCCACCGUGCUCCUCCUCAUCCUCUUCCUCCCCCUCGGCGUCGUCAUCAAGGAGGAGUACGCCGCCGUCUCCCAGCUCGAGGAGUCCCUCCAGCACCCGCCGGCGAUCACCGUCGAGGAACCAGCUGCAGCAAGCACGAAGAAAGAGGACGACGAGCCGUCGUGUGGUAUGAAGGGCUGCCUCACCAACAUGUUCAAGCCGCCGGCGCUGGGGGAGGACUACACCAUCAUGCAGGCGCUGGUGAGCGUGGAGAUGCUGGUGCUCUUCGUCGUCUCCGUGUUCGGCAUCGGCGGCACGCUCACGGCCAUCGACAACAUGGCGCAGAUCGGCCAGUCGCUGGGCUACCCGCACAAGAGCGUCAACACCUUCGUCUCCCUCAUCAGCAUCUGGAACUACGCCGGCCGCGUCGGCGCCGGCUACAUGUCCGAGUUCUUCGUCGCCCGCUACAGGUUCCCGCGCCCGCUCGCCCUCACCGCCGUGCUCCUCUUCUCCUGCGUCGGCCACCUCCUCAUCGCCUUCGGCGUGCCGCAGUCCCUCUACGCCGCCUCCGUCAUCCUCGGUUUCUGCUUCGGCGCCCAGUGGCCGCUCCUCUUCUCCAUCAUCUCCGAGGUCUUCGGCCUCAAGUACUACUCCACGCUCUUCAACUUCGGCUCCGCAGCCAGCCCCAUCGGCGCCUACGUGCUCAACGUGCGCAUCGCCGGACGCAUGUACGACGCCGAGGCCGCCAGGCAGCACGGUGGACACGCCGCCGCCGCUGUCGGCGACAAGAUCUGCAAGGGGGUGCUGUGCUUCAAGCACGCCUUCCUCAUCAUCACCGGGGUCACGCUCGCCGGCGCGCUCGUCUCGCUCGUGCUCGUUUGGAGGACCAGAAACUUCUACAAGGGUGACAUCUACGCCAAGUUCAAGGUGGCGCCCGUCGUCGCAACCGCCGAUGCCGAUGGGAGCGACCAAGCUGCUGGGGAAAUGGCGCCUGUCGUUACGGAGGAGCAGGCCCACAAUGGAAAGAACAAGAAACUGCAGCAGGUCAACGAUGACGAGUUCAAGUGAUGACUAACUAAUUUCGUUUGAUUACAACAAUACUACUACUUAAUUUAGAGAAGAUGUGGAUGAACCUGUACUGUUUCAUUGUCAAAUUAAUGUGGUAAUACGGUUUUCAACUUUC